GGUGCUCUCCCUCGCAGGCGCGCGGACGCCCGGAGGCAUCCCCCCCCCCGCCGCCCCGGGCGCCUGGGCUCCGCCGCCCCCUCGGCAUCCCCGCGCCGGCCGCGCGCCGCGCCUCCUCCCGGCUGCGGACCCCCGGCCUCGCCCCCGAAACAUGACUCGCGAUUUCAAACCUGGAGACCUCAUCUUCGCCAAGAUGAAAGGUUACCCUCAUUGGCCAGCUCGGGUAGAUGAAGUUCCUGAUGGAGCUGUAAAACCACCCACAAACAAACUACCCAUUUUCUUUUUUGGAACUCAUGAGACUGCUUUUUUAGGCCCAAAGGAUAUAUUUCCUUACUCAGAAAACAAGGAAAAGUACGGCAAACCAAAUAAACGAAAAGGCUUUAAUGAAGGUUUAUGGGAGAUUGAUAAUAAUCCGAAAGUGAAAUUUUCAAGUCAACAGGCAUCAACUAAACAAUCAAAUGCAUCAUCUGAUGUUGAAGUUGAAGAAAAAGAAACAAGUGUUUCAAAGGAAGAUACUGACCAUGAAGAAAAAGCCAGCAAUGAGGAUGUGACUAAAGCAAUUGACAUAACCACUCCAAAAGCUGCCAGAAGAGGGAGAAAGAGAAAGGCAGAAAAACAAGUAGAAACUGAGGAGGCAGGAGUAGUGACAACAGCAACAGCAUCUGUGAAUCUAAAAGUGAGUCCUAAAAGAGGACGACCUGCAGCUACAGAAGUCAAGAUCCCAAAACCAAGAGGCAGACCCAAAAUGGUAAAACAGCCCUGUCCUUCAGAGACUGACAUGGUAACUGAAGAAGACAAAAGUAAGAAAAAGGGGCAAGAAGAAAAACAACCUAAAAAGCAGCUUAAAAAGGAUGAAGAGGGCCAGAAGGAAGAAGAUAAGCCAAGAAAAGAGCCAGACAAAAAAGAGGGGAAGAAAGAAGUUGAAUCCAAAAGAAAAAAUUUACCUAAAACAGGGGUUACAUCAACCUCUGAUUCUGAAGAGGAAGGAGAUGAUCAAGAAAGUGAAAAGAAGAGAAAAGGUGGAAGGAACUUUCAGACUCCUCAUAGAAGGAAUAUGCUGAAAGGCCAGCAUGAGAAAGAAGCAGCAGAUAGAAAACGCAAGCAAGAGGAACAGAUGGAAACUGAGCAGCAGAAUAAAGAUGAAGGAAAGAAGCCAGAAGUUAAGAAAGUGGAGAAGAAGCGAGAAACAUCAAUGGAUUCUCGACUUCAAAGGAUACAUGCUGAAAUUAAAAAUUCACUCAAAAUUGAUAAUCUUGAUGUGAACAGAUGUAUUGAGGCGUUGGAUGAACUUGCUUCACUUCAGGUCACAAUGCAACAAGCUCAGAAACAUACAGAGAUGAUUACAACACUGAAAAAAAUACGGCGAUUCAAAGUUAGUCAGGUUAUCAUGGAAAAGUCUACAAUGUUGUAUAACAAGUUUAAGAAUAUGUUUUUGGUUGGUGAAGGAGAUUCUGUGAUCACACAAGUGCUGAAUAAAUCUCUCGCUGAACAAAGACAGCAUGAGGAAGCAAAUAAAACCAAAGAUCAAGGGAAGAAAGGGCCAAACAAAAAGCUAGAAAAGGAACAAACAGGUUCAAAGACUCUAAAUGGAGGAUCUGAUGCUCAAGAUAGUAAUCAACCACAACAUAAUGGAGACAGCAGUGAAGAAAGCAAAGACAACCACGAGGCCAGCAGUAAGAAAAAGCCAUCCAGUGAAGAGAGAGAGACUGAAAUAUCUCUGAAGGAUUCUACACUAGAUAAUUAGGUUGACAUACCUGGAAUAUAAAGAACAUUUGAGAAGUUUGUAAUGGUUUUCAUUUGAAAUAUUUAGCCUGCUGAAAGUUUUAAAUUUUUAUAAGCAUAGGUUUUGAUGUUGAAAAACUUGUUUUGAGGGAGAAAUCCCUUUCUAUUUGUUUAAAAGUAAUUAAGCAUUAUUGCUAAUUGUACUUGUGCAGUAUUAACAGCUACAUUAUUCAGUAAAUGUGAGGGAAAAUCCAUUUAGGAAAUGUUAAAUUGCUUUUCCAGAUGUUUGGUUGUAGCAUAAUUUCAAUUAGUGUGUGUAUGUUAAUGUGUAAUUGAUAGUAGAAAAAAGUUACAUUUUUAAAACUGCUACUUGUAUAAAACCUUUCCUCUUUUCCCAAAUACUGUGGGUUUUGUGCAUAGUUUUUACAAACCUUGGAUUUACCGGAUUGUCUUUUCACUGUUUGUGGGUUUUGUAGAAGUUAUGCAUUUUUAUGGUAGAUAAAAUGUUACUUCUAUACAAGUACUCACUCCUUUUAUCAAAAGUUAAUUUUAAUCUCACAGUCUACAUUGUGCUACAUUAUCCUGCUGCUUUGUAACAAUUUGUGGUCUGUAUGCCUUUUUGUAAUGACGACUAGAUAUCCAACUGACAAUUCUACAAGGUACAAAACUCAUGUUAACUUUUGAAGGUAAUUUAGUUUUGUGGCUGGGAAUUCAGUGAAGUCACAUGGCUUUCCUAUAGAAAGCAGAAUAGGUAUGUAUAGGAAUGAAUCUGGCUUUAGGGUUCAAAUCAUCUAAUAAGAUCCUUACUGAAUGAUAAAAGUUUAUUUUUGAGAACUGUCUCAUGUUUCUGAAUUUUUAAAAAAGUCACACUCAUUAAGGAAGUUACUAAGUAUUUUUUUAAUUGGAAAAAAAAUUCCAUGAUUCUUAUGCAGUAAAAUAGUAGAAAUAAAUACUAUAUAAGAAAACUAACCUAUUUGAAAACAUGGCUAUAUCAGAAGGGUUUAUUAUGUAGAGCUCUUCCAUGUGACAGAAUUGUAAGGAGUAGAAAGAUAGCUUGCUCCGAGGCAGUUAGAAAAAGUAAAGUACUUUGAUAGUCUGUAUUCAUAUAUAGACUAAAUCAGGGUAAAACCAAGGUUAAUAAAAGUUAAGGGUAACUUAACAGAUAGCAUUUCUAAGAUAUUUUGAUUAUUAGGUCAGUUGGUGGUUUUCAGUAGCUAAAAGACAUUUCUCAUGUUUUGAAACUAUGAAUAUGGAGAAAAGGCUUAAUACCAGUGUUUGCAUGUGACAUGCACUGUAUGUUUUGACCUCUCAGAUAAUGGUUUCAUCUAUAGAUGAAAAGUUGUGAAUUAUUUCAAUAAUUGGAGUUUUUGCUUUUUGAGAGGUCUUACAAAUGUAACUAGGACCCACUGUUUUGAGGGAACUAUUGCUAUUAUAUCAGGUCCUUAAUACAAUUUAAAUUUGGACAGAUUUAUUCUAGUUAAGCCAUAAGUGUCAACAUUGUAAACUUGUUUUGAUUAAAGGAUUUUUCUAUCAAA